UGAACUUGCAAAGACUGUGUUGGCAUACAUUCAUAACCAUUGGUAGGGAAAGAAAACCUGGAUCAGACUACGUACUCAUGGUUGUGAGGUACAUAUGUUUUGCAAUCUAUAAGAGAAAGCUUUAAAAUCUACAAUUUUUGCAACAACUGGUCACCAAAUCUAGACCAUCAGUCUAUCAUAUCUGUCAACAUGUGUUGCUUGUAGGGAAAGUGUAUCUCACACAGCAAGUCUUCAGGAAUGCUAAAAAUAGUGGAGGAGACACUGCGAAAAAAAACUCCAAUAACGUUGACUUAUAUUAGUCACCUAAAACUAAAAGACACAUCAAAAAUAAUUGGUUUAAUGUAUUUUAUUUAGAAUUUAGGCUUCAAAUCCAAUUAUAAGUUCAUGGCCAAGUUUGGCUUUUAAUGAAAAAUUAGAUCUGUUGUCCGCAUAUGUGGGCAUAAUUUUUUUACAAAUAUUUAUUAAUUCAAAAACCAUCCUUAGAAUUUAUUAUUUAUAUUUUCAAAAGUUGAAAUCAAUUAAAUUAUUAUAUAUGACAAAAAUUAUCAUUAAAAUAUAUAUAUUUAUUAUUGUAUUAAAUUUUGAAAAUAGUUACAUAUUAUAAAUAUUUUAGAAAAUUUUUAUACAAAUGUUCUUGUUUAAUUAAUAUUAAUUAUAAAUUGUUUUAAAACUUUUUUUUACUUUUAUAAUAGAAAUAAUUAUUUAAGAUAACAAUACAAUAUAUAAAAAUUAUUUUUUUUUAAAAUAAAUAUUAUUAAUAUAAAUUCGUUUUUAAUUAUAUAAUAAAUUCGUAAUAAUGGUAUGUAUAUAGAUAGAUUGUGUUAUAUCUUACUUUUAACUUUUAUAAUAAAAAUAUUUAUUUUAAGAUAACAACACAAUAUAUAAUAAUUAUCUUAUUUUUAAAAAAAUUAAUAUGAUUAAUAUCAAUUUGUUUUAAAUUAUAUAUAAAAAUUAUCAAGAGUAUCAUUAACUUUAACCACUCUAAUUUUUAACGUGAGAGCUAUGUUGUGAAAAUUUACUUCACAAAUAAUUGUAUAGAAAAAUACGAAAAAAAGUUUCCCACCGUUAGAUUUCAGAUAUUGUUUUCGUAUGCCAAAAAAACGUUUUAAAAGCCAUUUUUUAAUCCAUCUAGAAAUCAUUGCGGCAUGGUAGCAACUUACGUUUAGAUUUAAAAUUUACAGAUUUCCACGCAUGGCCAGCAAAAAGAAAUUGUACUAAAUAGAAAAUAAUUAAUUAACAAAAAUAAUAAUUUUGAGAAACAAAAAAAAUAACACAAUGUACAGUAGAUAUGUUUAAGCAAACCAAUUCAUACUUUAUUGAAAUAGUAUAUAACCCAUAAUAUAAACCAUCAAAAUGAAAUUUAAUCAGGCACAACCAGAAAAUGUAACCAGAAAUAUAACUAUCUAAAUCAAAAUAAAAAUCAAGAAUUUCAUAUCCUUAUCAUGAUCCAUGAGUUUGAAUUAAACUCAUAAUUUUAUCGGAUUUCUAACAUUGUUAUUUAAACUAAACCAAAUUAGACUAGGAAUUUUAUUGAAUUUUUAACAUUACUAUUUAAACCAGCCCAAAAUAACAAAACUCAAACCACAUCCCAAUUCAUUAAUAACCUAGCUAUUAAUAUACUUCAUGAACUAAAAACCAAAAUUCACAACUGAAUCGGAACAAAAACAAAAUCAGUGAAUACAAUCUUGAUGUGAACCGAAAUUUAUAAAAUAUUAUCGAUUAUAAAAUCUGUAGUUUAAAAACGUAAAUCAUAAAUAAUUCAUUGUGCGAGUCAGAAUCUGGGAUUUAUUAUAGAGUUAUUUUCAUUCUAAGACACUUUAUGUCUUUUUAUUACAUUCUAAGACACUUAUUACUACGGAGGUAGUUUUUAGUGGUUAUUGACCCUCUUGCCCUCAACUAAGCGAAACUAGAUGAUGACUUUCGGUUUACUUUUUUUUUUCAGUUAGAAUAAUUUGAAUUUUGAAUUUGUUUAAAAUGGUGAAACCAAAACAAUAAUAAAUUUUUUAAUUUUCACGACAUUUUUUUUAACUACAAAUUCUUAUCUUCUUAUCACAAUUACCAAGACAAAGAAUGUAAACGCAGUUAUCGGCCGGAAACAAAAGUACGACGACGAAGACGUUGUUUGAUAAUAACAUCUCGUCUACUUGAUUCCUCUCUCGUCUACGCCAUAGCUCCUCCACGCCAAGCUCUAUGGUCUUCAAUUCUUGGUUCCACCUGUUGUAUACACCACAGCUCCUACUCGCCGUGCUAUCUGACCCUCCUCCGUGACCUGCUUCUCACCGCCGACUCACGUCUGCGCCAAUCUGCCAUGGCAAACUUCUCCACCAUGGGAUCUCCUAGUCGCUGCCUCAUCCGCCGUACAAGCAAUACCUCCACGUCGUUCCACCGCGCCCAGCUCCACCGCCGUUGCCAUCCAGAGUCGUCGUCACUCGGGUUCUCUGGAUCGAGAGCUCAGCGACAAUGGAUAAUUUUCUCAUAAUUUAACCGUUAGUCCUUCAAGUUCUUCCUUUUUUUUGUUUUGUCCCUAAAGUUUUAUCAUGUGCAGAGUUUUGUCUUCGUUUUUUUUUGGUGGAUCUUCCUUAUGUAAUUCUUUGGUCAAAAACACUCUUGCUAGUUGUUGUUAUCAACUAAGGUAGAAGAAGUCAGUUAUUGGUUUUUUGUUGGUUCUAUAACUCGUAGUCUCUUAGCAUAAAAGAGUUCAAUUUCCUUUGGUGUUUCUGCAAUUGUAAAGUGACUGUUGUAUUAUUGUUUUGUUAAUAUUCAAAUUAUAGUGUCUGCGCGAUGGUGUACAUAUUUAGUAGCGUCUGCGUGUACACACGUAGAAAACUUAGUAUGUAGGCAUGCAUGUUUGAGUGUGGAUAUGUAAACAGUAUACUAGAGCUUGUAUGUGUGCGUGUACACAUGUAAAAAAACUUGGUGUGUAGACAUUUUUGAGUGUUGAUAUGUACCAUGAUGUUUUAGCAAGCGGCAUUACUUUUGUGUGAAACCUUUGUCUCAUAAGUAUAUGUGAAAAUAGAUGUACAACCAUAUAAUAAUAUCCAUGUGUACACGGUUAUAAUGAUAUCCACAUGUACAACCAUUGUAUAAUAUUAUGUGUAUGUGUGUACAGAAUCAAAAGGUGCUUGUAAAGUUCAUGGAAAAUGCAGAUUGUUUUGAGUCCAGCUCAUGAUUGGUUAUCAGCUAAACGUUGUUGAUAGUAGUGGAAUCACUCUUAGCACUGUUCAAGAGGAGGUGAAGUUAAUGUGCCUCAAGUUCUAUGUAUAGCAAUAACUACUGCAAUUUCAAUACUUUUCUUUUUGAAUUAGUUGUGUACACUAUUUGCAAUUUUGAUACAUUUGAUAUUUCAGAAAGCAUCAUUAUUUUUGUAUGACACGUUUUCUUAGUCAAUAUCAAUUUACAUAUGAAUAAAUUAUUAAGUAUGAAGCUGUCUAAACAAAAUGAUUGAUACUGAUAAAAAAAUAAAACUUACUGUAAAAUGAAAUAGCCUCCAAAUAUGUACAAAACCAUAUAGUAGUAUCUAUAUGUACACUGUUAUAAGGUAUCCAUAUGUACAACCUUAUAACAAUAUCCAUGACUAUGUCAUAUGUCUACAUAUGUACAAUCGUUAUAGUUAUACUGUACACAAUUUUAUUUGUGUAACAUGUACACGAUUAUAUAUUGAAAUAUAUAUUCUUGGUGUACACAUACAAAUAUAUAUUCUUGGUGUACACAUACAAAUGUAUUUUUAAACAUGUUCACACGAUUAAGCAACGAGGGAUUUAACUUUGAUCUGAGCAAAACACAAGUCCAACUCUUUCUUGUGAAGAUCUUCCAUACACUAUCCGUAAGCAUAGACUGCUAAGUUUUCGGUGCUGUUGACUACUUGGCGGUAGCCUUUAGCUUCCACAAGUGGAGAGAUGGCGUCUAUGGCGGUAAAGAAUUUGGUGACGAUGAGACUUCUUUGCUGCGGCGUCGUUGUUAUGUUACUACACAUCAAGUCUAGAAACAAUUAUCUAAGAGAUUAUGGACAAGAAUAUAAGAUUUUGGAUUCAUCUGUAAAAAAAAGUAACGACGAAGAAGAUGAAUCAAGAGUAAUUAACUAAAUAUCAUUGGAUUUAUCUUGACCAUUCAUAUUAAAAAAACAAAAGUAAAUCUGAUGGUUGAAAAAUUAGACAGAUAUAUGUCUUGUCAAGAUGUGGAAUGGAUGAUCUUAGCCGUUGAGAGGUAUGAGAGAUGUGUGGCUGAGGUUAAGUCCCGCCACAUGUGUAGUUAGGUUAGUCAACUAUGUCUUUAAGAUUAAAUUGAAUCAGUUAACAAUGAACUACAAAGUUGAAAUAAAGUGUCCUUGUAGAAGAAAGUGACCUAUCAUGAUAUUAAAAGAUGAAAAGUGACUCUGAGUGAUAUUAUUUCUUUAUUAUAUACUUAUUAGUUUAUACGUGUAACAAAAGUGUUAUGUAGCCUUGCGUGCAAAGAAAAACAGAAACGGGCACCGUUAGCCAAACCCUACAACCUUAUCUCUGGUAUAAAAGCCAUAAAACUCUAACACAGACCUCUACUUCUGCGGCUACUGCAGAAAAGAAAAAUCAAUAUCCUCACAAUGAACUCCUUGGCUGACGAACAAGUGGAGGACUCGAUGCCUAUUGCAAAACCAGUAACUACUACAGGUGAGACCGUGUUGCAACCAUGUUCCAGUAGCAAAACAAAUCUGAAGAGGCAGAAGAUACACAACGAGAGUAAAGCAAAUUUGAAGAAGCAGAAGGAAACCGAGAGAGAGAAGGAAGAUUCUUGCUGUUAUGGAUGUGAAGGAGCGACCGGAAAUAGUCUUGAAACCAUUUUCGUUAAGGGAUUUCAACAUUUGCGCCCCAGGGAUGAAAUCAAGAAUGAAUUGAGCAACUUUUUUGGUUCUUGUGGAAAAGUCGUAAGGGUUUUUGUUCCCAUGCAAUGUGUUACCUGUGUUCCCUUGGGGUUUGUCUCUUUGUUCCUCUUUUUUUUUUGUCUACUCGUAUCAUAUAAACUAAAGAUUGUGUCGUUUCUUAAUAACAGAUUUAUUUUCAUUGACUACUCAAAUGGCGAAAAUGAGGCGUUAAAACUAAAUGGAAGUUACAUGGGAGGAAGAAAGCUUGAGGUGAAGAUGGCUACUAGUAGUGAUGAAUACUACGGGUUUGUUAACUUUGCUGGGUGUGACCUUUGUCGUGGGCCAGGCAAGCUCAACCUCAGAGCUCGCAAGCCGUUUGACUUCGACAAAGCUUAUUUCAAAAUUCUGGCCGAGAAGGCUAAUUCCAAAAUUUAAGCCAAAUUUCACCACUGAACCCGAGCUUCUUUUAUUUUUAUUAUCUAAUUAUUUUGUCUUGAUUUUGACUCUGCUAUGCUUUAAAUCAAAUUAUGUAUGAAACUCGUUAGUAUGGAGACUGUGAUUUUCAGAAAAGUUUGUUGAAAAAUGAUUUGGCCUUCCAUUCUCUAUAAUUAUAUGUGAUUAAGUUCCAUGUUGUUUAUGUCA